CUUCCUCGCCCCAAUCUCCUCAUUGUUCGUCGUUUUGAAAUCUUCUCCCUCGGAAAUCAAUCAUACAAAAACUAAACGAAACUCUAUGCUCGAAGGAACGGUCGAUUUAUCGUCUGGAUUAUUCAUUCGAUUCAGAUAUCUUCUUAUUUAGAUUCGGGAGAAGAGGAAAUCUGCAUGUUCUGUUGCGGAGUUAUGUGGAAAUCAGGAGGAGAGGAUUUGCAAGGUUUCUAUCCAGUUAGACCAGAAUGCCAAUCAGAUGUUCCCAGGACCCGAUUUAAAUCCAGGGCAGGCAAAACCCUCAGCGCGAGAAGAUGGCACGCUGCAUUUACGGAAGAUGGGCAUCUGGAUAUCGUAAGAGUGCUGAGACGUAUACAGCGUGGAGGAGUCCAUCCCUCGAUCAAAGGAGCGGUUUGGGAGUUUUUGGUAGGAUGCUACGACCCAAACAGCACGUUUGAAGAAAGAAACAGGCUGAGGAGCCAGAGGAGGGAGCAGUACGACGCAUGGAAAGAAGAAUGCCAGAAAAUGGUUCCUGUCAUUGGUAGUGGGAGGCUCAUCACAUUGUCAGUGGUCUCGGAAAACGGGCAGCCGAUAGAGGAUUCUUCUUCGGAAAAUCAAGGAUGGCUUGUGAAAACCGCUAUUUCAGACCAGAGAGUGCUCCAGUGGAUGCUCUCUUUGCAUCAAAUUGGUCUUGACGUUGUCAGAACAGAUCGGUAUCUCUCCUUUUAUGAGAGGGAGGAUAAUCAAGCAAGACUCUGGGAUGUUCUCGCCGUCUAUACAUGGUUAAAUCCCGAUAUUGGUUAUGUCCAAGGAAUGAAUGAUAUAUGUUCCCCGAUGAUAAUCCUUCUCGAGAAUGAAGCCGACGCCUUCUGGUGCUUCGAGCGUACAAUGCGGAGACUAAGAGAAAAUUUUAGGGCAACAACGACAUCAAUGGGUGUACAGACUCAGCUCGGUGUUCUCUCACAGAUCAUUAGAACUGUGGAUCCUCGGCUCCAUCAACACCUCGAGGAACUGGAUGGAGGGGAAUACCUGUUUGCGAUAAGGAUGCUGAUGGUACUUUUCAGGAGAGAAUUCUCCUUCAUGGACGCACUGUACCUUUGGGAGAUGAUGUGGGCGAUGGAAUACAAUCCAAACAUGUUCGCAUCGUACGAAGAACCAGAAAACAGGAACGGGAACGUGGCAGAAACGGAUCCAAAGGUGCUGAAGCAGUGCGGGAAGUUCGAGAGGAAAUACAUGAAGAGCGGAGUCCAUUCUCAUUCCGAUCAGCACAGCACUCUCGCCGUUUUUGUGGUUGCCAGUGUUUUGGAGACCAAGAACAAGCGCCUCUUGAAGGAAGCCAAAGGCCUCGACGACGUCGUUCAGAUACUGGGGGACAUAGCAGGUAAUCUGGACGCUAAGAAGGCGUGUAGAGAAGCCUUAAGGAUUCACGAGAAGUUCCUCAGAAAGAGCAAGAAGCAAUAGAUGUUGCUGGGCUUUUGAUGAUCAUUCAUUAUGACAAUCUCCAUUUUCCUUUCCUUCUUUGUUUGUAUGAUGAGAUGAGAGAGUGUAUGUGUAUCUUUCGUUUCUCUUGUGUUUUGUCACACACUGAUUCUUUCAUUCAAUUAUAUAUAUGAUCAAACAUGUUGUGGGUUU